AUGGCAACCCAACCAAUCCCCGAAGAAUCCCACUCCGAUUCAUCCCACCCAAAAGUCCCCCUACCCAAAUCCGCACCCGAAUCCACACCUAUAGACUCUCCCCCCAGCAUCCCCGAAAACUACGAAGAACAAAACGUGCACGCAGUCUACGAACAAAUCGCCUCCCACUUCUCCUCCACCCGCUACAAAGCCUGGCCCAUCGUAAAAACCUUCCUCCAAACCCUCCCCCCUGGAUCCAUCGGCCUCGACAUCGGCUGCGGCAAUGGAAAAUAUCUCCUCGUAAACCCGGACAUCUUCAUCAUCGGCUCGGACCGCUCUACAAACCUAGCUAAAAUAGCUAGCGCGCAUCAACCACACUCUGCUAUUGUAGCCGAUACACUAGCAUUACCACACCCAGAGGGAAAAUUCGAUUUCGCAAUCAGCAUAGCAGUGAUCCACCAUCUAUCUACCCCUCCUCGUCGCCGCGAGGCCGUAUCCUCUAUUCUCGCUACGCUAUCUCCCUCCUCGGGAAAAGCACUAAUCUAUGUCUGGGCACUGGAGCAAUCAUUCUCCCGUCGCGGCUGGGACUCCACAAAUCCCCAAGAUGUCAUGGUACCCUGGGUCAUGCGCACGGGCAAAAAGAUAGCUGCCGAUGGAAGUGUUGCACAACCGGCUUCGGAAAAGACAUUUCAACGUUAUUACCAUUUGUAUCGGGCCGGUGAACUAGAGGAGGAUAUUAGAUCCGUAGGAGGCGUAGUGGUAGAAAGUGGAUACGAAAAGGAUAAUUGGUGGGCUAUUUGUUCGAGGGGCGAUGCAAGCGGGUGA